AUGUAUUCUAACUUUACUUUCAACUUUGAUUGCACAGGCCUCAAGUUUGGAUUUGCGUUUGUGGAGGCAGGCAAAACAGAUCCAAAGAACGUCUCCAAUGUCAUCUUUAAAAAUGUAGCAGACACAUUUGUCACCUUGCUGGCUUUCUUUCUCCAUGGCUAUGCAUUUGCCUUUGGGGAGCACAAUGCUGUUAUCGGAACCCAAUUCUUCCUCACACUGAACAAGACAAACAUGGUCAACUUCUUCUUCAACUAUGUUCGCUGUGCUGUAGCCACUACUCUGGCACUAGGGGCUGCCAACGAGAGGACAGAACCAAUCGGCUACCUCAUAUCCGCAUACGUUUUCUCAGGAAUAAUCUACCCUCUGGCUUGUCACUGGGUCUGGGACCAGCAAGGCAUUUUCAGUCCAACCUCCACCUCCUACCCCUCACAGGACUAUGCAGGCAGCGGUGUGAUCUUCUUGCUGGGUGGUGCAGCGGCAGCUGUCUCACUGCGGGUUAUAGGAUCACGGGCUGGACGCUGGAGUCCCCAUUUCAAACGGACAGAGCACAGCCAGCCUAUGGUGGUUCUGGGAGGAUGCCUUCAAAUGCUGGGCUUCUUGGGCCUGGUGAUAGCCACUCACCCCCCUGUGUUGGAUGCUGAUGAGGGCCUGUUACUGGGGCUAGGCACUGUAAACUUGCUGCAUGCUGCUACAAGCGGAGGACUCUACGGACUAAUGAUCCAACGCAUCGAUAAGAACUACUAUGAUCUCGACAGCAUGCUCUCUGGGGCCAUUGCUGGCAUGGUGGCAGUGUGUGCAGGAGUAGACACCUACAUGCCUGGUGUGGCAAUCAUGUGUGGGGCCACUGGAUCUCUCCUCUUUAUUGGCUUUCGCCGCUUCCUCUGUGCUGUGAGGGUGGAUGACCCCCUUAACAUCAUCUCCGGGUACUUAAUUCCAGGGGCCUGGGGCUUGAUGUUUGCAGGUUUAUUCUCUGAUCAUGGGGCUCUUGGAGGACAUAUCCAGGUGUUGGGGAACAAUUGCAUUGUGGCACUGGUGUUAUUCUUCUGGGCAGUGGCUAUUAUGUACCCUCUUCUCUCCAUACUCAUGUGUUUUGGAGUGCUGCGAGUCCCCCGCUUCAUGGAGAAACAAGGAAUAGACAAAAUCAGACACACGCUAAGACACCCUCACGGCACCAGGAAGUCACUGAACUAAUCCCAGACAGAAACAUCAAUCCAGAGGCAAUGAAGUUAAACCUGGGGAUAAUUUUUGAAUGUUUUUUUCUAAACAAUUUCUUAAUGCAUAACUAAAACAUUUGUUAGCAAGCAUAUUUGUUCCAGAGUAAUCCUCUUUUGUUUGCACCAUAGUUUC